UGCCAGUACUGAAAACCAAGUAUUAACUCAAUAUAGUUCUACAAAAAUGUUCUCACUCUUAGAAUUAAUGGAAUCAUCUAUUUCUCCCGAAUCUUCCUUUGGCAACAUGAACAAUUCUCUAGACUCUCUCUCAUGGGAUGAGAUUUUCUGUGAUGAUCAAAACACCAACAAAAUUAUUAAUUCUCUUCCCUUUUUCAAUCCUAUAUUUGAUCAUAAUUAUGAUCAUAUUGAGGCAAAACCGGAGCUACUAGUUAGCCAACAAUACGUCGUCGUUAAGGUGGAGGAGGUCACUUCCAAUCCAAAAGUGGUAGUGGCUAAAGAGAAGUCCUUCAGAGGGGUCAGAAGAAGGCCAUGGGGAAAGUUUGCCGCCGAGAUAAGGGACUCGACGAGGAACGGCAUUCGGGUUUGGCUCGGAACCUUUGACAGCGCGGAGGCGGCGGCGCUGGCAUACGACCAAGCCGCAUUUGCCUUGAGGGGUUCAUUAGCGGUGCUUAAUUUCCCCAUUGAGGUUGUACGGCAGUCGCUUCAAGAGAUGAAGUUGUGUCGUUUGGACCAUCACGAUCAACUUGACGCCUCGCCGGUGGUGGCGCUCAAGAGGAAGCAUUCCAUGCGACGGAGGCGGGCCGCCGGGAUAGCGAAGAAGAGUAAAGAAAGUAAAGAGGUUAAUUCGGAGGCCAAAAAUCAUGUGGUGGUUUUGGAGGACUUAGGGGCUGAGUAUUUGGAAGAGCUUUUGAUGUUGAGUUCAUCGUCCGAGACUUGUACAAGUAGUAGUCAAUCAUUGUGAUUGUAACAAUUUCAUCUCCAUCUCGUUCAUGAUGUUAAUUUAGCUUCAACUUUCACCCUUAUCCAAUUUUUUCAUUUUUAACUUUUUUUUUUCUUCUUUUUGUUUUGUUUUGUUUUGUUUUCUUUAUGGGGUGGUAAUUUUGGAGUUUCUGAUUAGCCCUGUCGAUAAGACCAAUGAGAGAAGAUCUUUGUAAAGAUUUGACGGUGUCAUGGUAGUGGG